CGCGCGGUCGCCUAGCUUGGAACCUGGAACACCACGGAGACUGUUCCAUAGCGGCUGGCCCGGGCGGCGGCGGCUCUCCAGCUGCUCUGCCGCCUGCGAGCCCCGCGCCCUCCGGUCGGGCGGCCCCUGAGCCCAGUGCUUGAUGGGCGGCAUUAUGGCCCCCAAAGACAUAAUGACAAAUACUCACGCCAAGUCCAUCCUCAACUCUAUGAACUCCCUCCGGAAGAGCAAUACCCUCUGUGACGUGACGCUGAGAGUGGAGCAGAAGGACUUCCCUGCCCAUCGGAUUGUGCUGGCUGCCUGCAGUGAUUAUUUCUGCGCCAUGUUCACCAGUGAGCUUUCAGAGAAGGGGAAGCCUUAUGUUGACAUUCAAGGGUUAACUGCUUCUACCAUGGAGAUCCUGUUGGACUUUGUGUACACAGAGACAGUACAUGUGACGGUGGAGAAUGUUCAAGAACUGCUCCCUGCAGCCUGUCUACUUCAGCUCAAAGGUGUGAAACAAGCCUGCUGUGAGUUCUUAGAAAGUCAGUUGGACCCGUCUAAUUGCCUGGGUAUCAGGGACUUUGCUGAAACUCACAAUUGCGUUGACCUGAUGCAAGCAGCUGAGGUCUUUAGCCAGAAGCAUUUUCCUGAAGUGGUACAGCACGAAGAGUUCAUUCUUCUGAGUCAAGGAGAGGUGGAGAAGCUGAUCAAGUGCGAUGAGAUCCAGGUAGAUUCUGAAGAGCCGGUCUUUGAGGCUGUCAUCAACUGGGUGAAGCAUGCCAAGAGGGAGCGGGAAGAGUCCUUGCCUGAGCUCCUGCAGUAUGUCCGCAUGCCCCUGCUGACCCCUCGGUACAUCACAGACGUGAUAGACGCUGAGCCUUUCAUCCGCUGUAGUUUACAGUGCAGAGAUCUAGUUGACGAAGCAAAGAAGUUUCACCUGAGGCCUGAACUUCGGAGUCAGAUGCAAGGACCCCGGACAAGAGCCCGUCUAGGAGCCAAUGAAGUGCUUCUGGUGGUUGGGGGCUUCGGAAGCCAGCAGUCUCCUAUUGAUGUGGUAGAGAAAUAUGACCCCAAGACACAGGAGUGGAGCUUUUUGCCAAGCAUCACUCGGAAGAGGCGGUAUGUGGCCUCAGUUUCCUUACAUGAUCGGAUCUAUGUCAUUGGUGGCUACGAUGGCCGUUCCCGCCUCAGCUCAGUGGAGUGUCUAGACUACACAGCAGAUGAGGAUGGCGUCUGGUACUCUGUGGCCCCCAUGAAUGUGCGGCGAGGCCUUGCUGGAGCCACCACACUGGGAGAUAUGAUUUACGUCUCUGGAGGCUUUGAUGGAAGCAGGCGUCAUACAAGUAUGGAGCGGUAUGACCCAAACAUUGAUCAGUGGAGCAUGCUGGGAGAUAUGCAGACAGCUCGAGAGGGUGCAGGACUAGUAGUGGCCAGCGGCAUAAUCUACUGUCUAGGAGGAUAUGAUGGCUUGAAUAUAUUAAAUUCAGUUGAGAAAUAUGACCCUCAUACAGGACACUGGACUAAUGUUACACCUAUGGCCACCAAGCGUUCUGGUGCUGGAGUAGCCCUGCUGAAUGACCAUAUCUAUGUGGUGGGGGGCUUCGAUGGCACAGCCCACCUUUCUUCUGUUGAAGCAUACAACAUCCGCACGGACUCCUGGACCACCGUCACCAGUAUGACCACUCCACGAUGCUAUGUCGGGGCCACGGUGCUUCGGGGGAGACUCUAUGCAAUUGCAGGAUACGAUGGGAAUUCUCUGCUCAGCAGCAUUGAGUGUUACGACCCUAUCAUCGACAGCUGGGAAGUAGUGGCCUCCAUGGGAACCCAGCGUUGUGACGCUGGUGUGUGUGUUCUCCGAGAAAAGUAACUGCUAUCUAAAUGCCAGCUGGAGCUAAGGGACUGCUCUGAGGAACAGUUUGUGGGAGAUUCAAGGAUCCUUUGCAGAAUGUCUAUUUCGCACUGUGUGCACAGGGUGAUUACAGACCCCGUGCCGUGAUGAUUGUAGUUAUUUGACACCGUCCUUCACACUGGCACCAUUGCUCAGAAGGGUGGGAACAGGUACUCAAGGGAAGAGAGUGUGCAUGUGAGAACCCAGGUCAUCUCUA